AGAAUUAUCAGGAAGGUGUACAACACUUUAAUACAGAAAGAUGAUUUUGUAGGAUUCAACUUAACAGAGAGGUACGUACGUACAUUAUAAAUAUUGUACUAUUUCCUUUGGCCUAUUAACACAGUUUGAGUUAAAUUAUUUUUAUAUCCACAUGUACAGUGUUAAAGUUCGGUUGUGAAUUCUUUAUGAAAAAGUGUAAUUGUAUUGUAGUAUUCCAAUUAGUCUUUUCGAAUCGAGCAGGGUACUGAGUCUAGUUGCAAACCACGGACAAGGCUCCAAACAAUCCACAGAUGCUUUGAGGCUUGCGACUAAACCCAUUACCCUGCUCGAUUGGGGAAAAAGCUAUAGAGAGACUGAGAACGAUAUAUAAAUGUUACAUAAAGUAUUUAUGUUGCUCUUAGUUCCGUACUGUAUCAUUCCUGGAUUCCUGUCUAGGAAAACGCGAUUCAUAGCCAUAGCCAUAAAUUUUAUCAUUUAUAGGCCUAUAUCUGUACUGUGAAGGCCCGUAUGUAUAUAUAUAUAUAUAUAUAUAUAUAUAUAUAUAUAUAUAUAUAUAUAUAUAUAUAUAUAUAUAUAUAUAUAUAUAUAUAUAUAUAUAUAUAUAUAUAUAUAAUAUAAUAUAUAUAUAUAUAUAUAUAUAUAUAUAUAUAUAUAUAUAUAUAUAUAUAUAUAUAAUAUAUAAUAUAUAUAUAUAUAUAUAUAUAUAUAUAUAUAUAUAUAUAUAUAUAUAUAUAUAUAUAUAUAUAUAUAUAUAUAUAUAUAUAUAUAUAUAUAUAUAAUACUAUUUCAGUUACCAAAGCCAGCAUAAAAGACACAUCUACAGUAUAAUCAUUUCUCUAUAAUUUAAUCAACGCCAGAUGCCACGAAGAUUGAAAACUGAUUACAUUUGCCAAAGUCUGUAUCUGCAUGUUAUAAGUACAGUACGGUACAUGUAUUGAUUUUGUUAAUUUUGAUAUUUUUAUUUGUAGUUUCAAUUCUGAGAGUAACAAGGCAAUCUUGGACGCGGUGCUAACAGAAGUUUAUGCGCAAUUCCAUGGGAUGGACAAAACACCAUGGUCAAGACUUGCUAUUGAAGGUACUGUACAUGCAGUGUAGCUUAUAAUCAUUAUAAUGAUUAAUGAUAGACAAUAAAACUAUCAAAGGAUGAACGUGGCUAAGCGCUAAUGACAAUGUUGCUGAUGUGACAUCCGUGAUUUCGCUUGGUACGCAUUACAGUACUUUCGAACCCUGUAACGUCAGGACCUUGCAUUACCGUAACAUAUUUUGAACAAGAACAGCAAUGUCUAUGCAACUAUCGACUUUCUAAACUUUUGGGGGGUACUAUAUACAGUAUAACAAAGGUAAAAACCACAAUUGAAUGCUUGCGUUAUUUUUCACUACAGCGGAAAUAUCGCCAUUUUUGUUAUUGAAAAACUUUUACGAAAACAUUAAAUUGUGAUUAUUGGCCUUGCUAGCCCGCCGGAAAGGUUUGAAAAGUCAAUAGUUUCAUUGCCAUUUCUGAAAUGACACAUAUUCUCAUACAGGCGACCAAAAAAUCUAUUUGUGCGGACAAUGGCAAUGCAAUAGUAUAUAUUUUUACUUGUUUACCAAAUUCUACUUUAGAUAUACAGUAUAUGCCAAUGCUGGUUAAGCUAUUGAAUCUAAAAUACACACAUAAUUUUUCGUUUGUUUACACGUAGUCUCAGAAUGUUAAUUACCAAAUGGUCAUGACUAUCACUCGAUAUUUACAAUUAGAAAAUAUUCCAUUCACUUACCAAGAACUAACACGAUUAUGCCCGUACGUUCCAUCUAAAAAUAAUUUAUUUACAUAUCCCUGUUAUAUUCUUAUAGCUUUCAAAUGUAUAUUCUUCAAACCAUACCUCGUCAGUGUAUGCUAACUAUUUCAUGUUCGAAUAAACAGAAUAUUACACGGUGGCUUGAAUAUAUGACUUUUAUCUUCUCGUAUUAAAAACAAUAUUUUACUCACUCGCUGCGCUCGUUCGUAAAAUAUUGUUUUCACCACUUGAAGAUAAAAGUCAUAUCUUCGCGCCACAGUGUAAUAUCCUCUAUAUAUGUUAUAAAUCUCGUAUUUUUUCCUGGUUUCACAGCUGCAUUGAAGAGGUAUUUUGUCUCGAAGUAUGAGGUGAUGAAGCACAAAGUCGACGGCAAAUACGAACAACACAAGCGGAACUGCAGAAGGCAAGGACGAAAAAGAGAUGUAAGUACUCAUUAAACUGGUGAAAUUUGUAAUAACAAAUGGCGAUCUUUUUUGUAUACUUUUUUAAUUAACUUCGGGGCUUUUUUGUAGAAGCUGACAAGACGAACUCUGGCGAUGGAGAAGGCUGACAUCAGUACUAGAAAAAGAGGGAAAGUUGCGGAAGUAUUGGUCGAGGAAGCGAUGUCUAGUGAAGAAAGCUGCGUGGAGGAGGACGAAAGUGGAAAAACAAAGAUUGUUGGAUAUAAAAUAAAACGACUGUCGUGGGAGAGCCGGAAGUUGAGGAAAGUUAAAGUGUUUUUAGACAAGACCAUGAGAGAAAGUCAAACUCAAAGGGCACGGGAUAGAGCUCUCCCACGAACACACCACGAACAGGAAUCGUCAAGGUUGCCCCUUAAGGAUUUCCCAGACUGGGCAAUUCAGUCCUCGGAAUGA